AAACUUCUAAUAAGACUUCCAAGACCCAAAAUACACACGCACAACACACACUCAGGACUCUGAAAACUCAUCUCUUUUGGACAGAGAAAAAGAGGGAGACUCUCCAUUGAAGAUAAGAUCAAGUUUUUUGUAUUUGGAUCUUGCAUUUAAAUAUGGACGGCCCAAGUGAUCAUGAUCAUACGGUGAUUAUCAAUUCUCUUGAUGAUCAUGGAGAGAAAAGGGUUGUCAAUGAAAUGGAUUUCUUUGCUGAUGAGAAUUGUUCUAAGGAUGCAUCAACAAUGUUUCAAUUCAAGAAAGAGAGCAACUUUGACUGUGUUGAACAAGAGCUUCGUCUUAACAUAAGCACUGGUUUGAAUCUUCUGACGACAAACACAACGGCUAGUGACAAAUCUACUGUGGUUAAUAAAAUUUCCAACGAAUUUUUAGUUCUCAAGUCUGAGUUUGAUCGUGUGAACAUGGAAAAUGAACGAUUAAGAGCUAUGUUGAAUCAAAUAAACAGUAAAAAUUAUUCUUUACAAAUGCAAAUUGGAACACUCUUACAGCAUCAACAAAACCUAAAAGGUGCAAUUAGCACAGGAGAUCGAAAGAUUAACGACGGAGUGGGAGAAGAAGAAAAACAGCGAUUUUUGGUCUCCAAGUCAAUGGAGGAGAAGUCAAUGGCUAAUGAAUUGCAGAAGAAUUCAACGAGCGAAAAGAGCCCAGAAAAGAAUUUUCAAGAAUGGAUUCCAAAUAAAGUACCAAAAUUUCAUUCUUCUUCCAAGGAUACGGAUCAAGCUGCAGAAGCCACAAUUAAAAAGGCCCGUGUCUCCGUUCGAGCACGAUCAGAGGCAUCUAUAAUCUCUGAUGGAUGCCAGUGGAGAAAGUAUGGGCAAAAAAUGGCAAAAGGGAACCCCUUCCCUCGAGCUUAUUAUCGGUGUACCAUGGCAGUUGGUUGUCCAGUACGCAAACAAGUGCAACGGAGUAUGGAAGAUCGUUUGGUACUUAUAACCACUUAUGAAGGCAACCACAACCAUCCGCUACCGCCGGCCGCCAUGUCAAUGGCCUCCACCACCUCCGCAGCCGCAUCAAUGUUGCUAUCAGGGCCAAUGCCAAGUGCCGAUGGAUUCAUGAACCCUAACAUGCUCACUAGAACUAUUCUUCCUUACUCAGCAAAUUUUGCAUCAAUUUCAGCUUCAGCACCAUUCCCUACUGUUACAUUAGAUCUCACAACCACUCCCACCACCCAUUCGCACUUGCAAAUGCUACCAGGCCAAUUCACUCGAGAUUUCGGGCACGGGCCACAGGCCAUUGCCCACGCUCUUUACAACCAUUCGAGAUUUCUCCCCGGAGUCUCUGAUGCCGCAUUUUUUAGUAGUGAAAGCUCUCACGAUAUGACAAAUGCAGCUACUGCUGCCAUUGCCUCAGACCCAAAAUUUACAGCAGCCAUAGCAGAAGCUUUAAGCUCUAUCAUAGGCAAUCUAAACCCAGAUAUUGGUAUUGACAGUAAAAACUCUCCGAAAAAUAGCAGUGACAGAAACAUGGGAAAUUUAAGUUUUGCAGAGAAGUGAGUUACGUAUGAGCAUGCACCUUUUUUUCUUAGAACACAUAUUUGCUCUUCAUUGUUGUUUCUUUUUUACUUUUUCCGUUCUUUGAUUUUCGACCAGUACGUAAAAUAAAUAAUUUGUCUGCAUCCUGUACAAAUUUUUGUAACACAAUGAACGGUGUAAGUGGUCAUAUGGCAUGCAAAUCCAUUUUUCGAUAUACA